GACUUGGGAAGUAUAUCGUUGUAUUUCAGGGAAUAGAUGAGCUUUUAGUGAACAGUGCGAGACAAAUAUCAAAUAAUAUGAUGGAUCAUGCGUGAUUUGAAUGUGUGACUCGCAAGUGAAGCUGCUCAACAUGUCGUUGGACUGUGUACAUCUUGGUAGGAUUUGCUCAUCGGUAAAUGAAUUUAUGAAAUCCGAGCAUGACCGAAUCCCAAGUGUUUCAUACAACGUGUCCAGCAAUAUAUGGAUCUGCAGUUGCCAGCAUCAUGUUUCAAGUGUCACGGCACCGCCCAGAAAAAGCUGCAAAUGAAUCCUUUGAGUGUGAGAACUGAGUUGGGUUAUCCGGAAUCGAAUGCGAACAAUCGACUGCGGAGCUUCUAUCCUUGAUAGGCGCAGCGGAGCAGUUGGCCGCAGCCUGCCGGGACUGGGGCUUUUUUCAGAUUCAAAAUCAUGGCAUCCCACUGGAACUUCUAAACCGACUACGAGCACAUUCUCACUCAUUCUUUGAGCUGCCAUUGGAACAGAAGGAGCGAGCAGCCGCAUGUAGCGCAAAUAGCUUCUAUGGCUAUGGAAUUGCGAAGGGACGUACGUACUCCCCCAACGCAUGGAUGGAGGCCUUUCACAUGGAAUGGACACCUGCCUCACAAGUGCGCAGGCACAUGGAACGAAUUGGGAUUCCCCAACCUCAAUUCGAAGGUUUCUGUGAGGCGGUGGAGCAAUACGCUUCUCAGGCGGAGAAGCUGGCCGUGCAGCUCAUGGAACUUGUGGCAUUAGGUCUUGGCCUGGACGCAACAACCUUCUCUCGGCACUUUGCAGGGUCGAGCACCUCAACUGUGCGCAUGAACUACUACCCACCUUGCCCACAGCCCUCUCGGACGCUAGGAAUCUCGCCACAUUCGGAUUUCAACAUUUUCACAAUCCUGCUGCAAGACACCGUUGCUGGGCUGCAAGUGCUUAAGGACAAUGACGAGUGGGUCACCGUGAAGCCAAAUCCUAACGCACUGGUUGUCAAUGUCGGCGACACUUUACAUGCUUGGAGUAACGGGAGAAUCAAGAGCGUGAUGCACAGGGCCCUCGUAAACACAACAGAACCCAGAUUAUCGGUGGUUUACUUCUUCGGUCCUCAUCCUGACACAAAGAUAGACCCUAUACCGGCGUUGGUAAGCAGUGAUUGUCCCCUACGAUAUAGAAGUUUUGUAUACAAACAAUUCGUCGAGCAGAUCCUGCAGAAUCGCGGUAAGAAAGUCUUCGAGAGUCCCCUCAACUCUCUUCUUCUGUAGCUUUGAAUCUUUCAUGGUUUGCUGCAAAGGUUACUUUUGCUGUUGCAAAAAUCACAUCAAAUUGAGAGCCUUUAAUUAAACAGAAGUUUGUAGAUGUACUUUCUCCAUUAGAGUCCAUAUUAUUGCUUGCAUCGUGGUGUUCAAUAUCCAUAAUCCAGCCAAGGACUGCAGAAGUCUCGAUGAGUAUUUCUGGGUUUCAACUGAUGAAGAUUGAGCAUAAUUUCCCAAGUAAAUAGUGCAUGUCGGAGAGGGUGGGCAGCCUAUAGCAGUGUGGUGAUAAAUGUCUUCUUCGAUGAUUCAAUGGAGAACUGUGAAAGACUUAGCAAGCUCUACUUAACUCA